AGGUCCUCAUCAAGUUCAAGAUCGAGAUCCACAUUCACUUGUUUACAAUUUCGCAUGCAUGUUACGUCUUAGUUUUGCGAGGAUUGAUAUAGUUGAUAAAAUGAACUUCUAGGUAAAAGCGACCACACGAAAGAACUUCGAAGUCGAAUAUUGUAUGAUGCUGCACGACGGACGAUCGAACAAGAAGUUCUACCCGCGCAAAUAAGAUAGAAGAAGAAAAGAAAAAGAAACUACAACCACCUCUACAAGUUCCUGCGAAAAUAAGACUAGCGCUUCUACGUCACCGGAGAAAUAUUGACAAAGCUGCUUUUCUCCUCUACCCACGUUUGAGUCCAAGAUCGAGCAGGCCUGUGCGGAGCUGCGUGGAGGUCGUGUCGGACGGGAACAAGGCGGCGCGAACAAGAAGAACCGGUUCUUCACGACCAGCACGUGGUUACCAGCACGUGGUUACGAGCUCGCACCCGCCGCAAGAACUGCUCUAGCACCUGCGUGAGAACGAGUGUCAAGAAGUCAGUACUUCCGCUACCUCUUUGGAAUUUCAUUUUCCAGAAGGACCACCAGUGCUCCGUCGCGGCGGGUAGAUUUACAACGAACACACAGUUCUUUCCUCUACAUUUUUUCCUCAAGGAGAAGAACGUACUUUCUACUUACGACGGUGCGCGGGGACGUGAUCUCGGAGUUUUGUCGCUGCACUGCAAGAAGCGAGGUUAAAUCUAGGUCCGGAAAGAAAAAAAGCGGUGGUCAACUAGUACCCAUAAGUCCACUUUCAGCUGCAGAACUGAUACCACAGCGGUGAGGUGGAGGUUUCUGGUGACCCGCUCCGAGUCAGACCACGGCGGCGCCCAGACCUUGCAAAAUACCUCAGCGUUCUUACCAGGAGGAAUGCAGAAGGAGCGCAGGUGCAAGUAGAACUGCAGUGAGCAGAAGGAGCCCGAGGUGACAUAACCUUCAAAGCACUUGCAGGCUGGUGAGGAAAAUUGCGUUGCUACCUUCUUCAUCGGAGCAGGGAACGGCAGCACGCGGGAAUCGCAACACCUCGUAUACUGGAGAGCCAGCGAAGCGUUCGCGCACAGUGUCGACUACGCGGACGGUGUACCGCCCAGUCGUACUGAAACACUAUCGCACACCACCGCGCUGCUCAGCCUUUUUUCCCAUCGCCAGUGCUCGAGGACCCGACCACCGCACCCACAUAGACCGAAAAUGGGCGGCGGGGUUUCGGCGGGGCCGAAAAACUUUCCGCUCUACCUGUCACUGAGUACAAAUAUCGCAGAGAAAAAAAGCUAGCACAGCAGAUCUGUUGUUUUGUGUAAGCCUCUCCGCAUAAGUUCUACAGUCGAUAGUUGACGAGGUGUCUGCAACAAGCUUUCCAGGUCGGUGUAUAAGUUUGCAAGUUUGGACUGUGCCAUUGCCGUGCUAGGUUUUUUCUAAAGGAUAGCCGACAAGAUGGACGAGGAGCGACAGGGCUACGAGAAGCUGUUUCCCGUCUGGUGCAUCGCGUUAUGCCCAAACGGCAAGCAGAUGGCAGCAGCAUCCAGUGACAACAAAAUACACCUGUGGUGUCUGAUGACGUAUAAUUUAUUUCUUUUUCAUCGGACAAAGAGAGCAACGACUUUGUUAUACUUAUACGUAUGCCACGACCUCCAUGUUUGGCACAAGAAUUAUCCUGAUCCGAAAAAAGAAGCAUGCUAAUGCGACCACUACGAUAAUUCCCCCCCUGAUCUAUCAGGUACCAGCUCCUUAUCUCGCUGACCGGGCACGGGGACACCAUUUGGUGCGUGCAAUACUCCUAUGAAUUGCAAAAGUAACGUACUAGUAUAAAUUGCAAUACAAAUUGGCUCAGCAUUACUGUAGUGCGGAUUUGCCUUAUGAACUAGAUUUGUAAUGCAUGCCUGCAAUUAGAUAGUACGACUGCGAUACUUUUGCAGAGGAUAACUCCCCCGACUGUCAAGUUUUGGCAUCCACCUCUUCAGACGGGACAAUACGGCUUUGGGAAGUCGACUACCCGAGCGGAAACAAAAUGCUUCACAGCAUACAACUGACAAGAAAGUUUUAUAGUACAGCAUGAGGUUGGACAACCGCACAAGGCUGGAGCAAGUGGGCACCAUAGUUCGCGGUACUCCUAAGUGGCUCCACUAGAAAAUGAACGCAAACGUUUUUUACACAUGAGCGAAGGCUGCACGACUUGCCCAGACUAGCAGUAGGAAGGAGAAAUUGCCUGCAGAAUGUUAUUUCGAAUUGUGUGCCCCUUUGCCCUGCUGCUUGACAUCAAGCUCAUUUGUGUAUAGAUUGCUGUACCUAGUAGAAUUCGUGCAUGAGAAUAGAAGUCCAUCCUUGUUUUUAGAUUUGCGUAUGGGGUUGGAUCAUUUUUCCUUUGGAUAGGAACACCGGUUUCCCGAUUUCCAUCCUGCGCGCGCACGCGAACUGGGUAUGGAGCUUGCAGUUCGCACCCAACAGUCAGAACUUCGCGUCCGCGGGGGCAGACACGCGAAUUUUUCUCUGGGAUGUGGACCAGAACGUGCCGCUGCUGGGAAAGUCCGCGCACGCAAAAUCGUAUCCGAAGCAAAAAUGCCGACACUCUAUCGCAUGACGUGGAGCAGGCCCCAGUAGCUGCCGAUCAUAAGACGCGUCGGCUACGAACCUAUCUCUCGGAGCGUCGUGCUUGACACAAAUCUCUACUCCAAAGUUCUUUUUUUGCUUUGUACGUGAUCACAGAGAAAAUGGAAAUCAUCAAAAAAAAAUUCGGCAUGACAACGAGAGAGCCAGUGGUUUCGGGGUGGUGUAAAAAUAGAUACAACGUUGGAUUUCGUUUUUGACUCUACUGGAAACUUCACUCACGUCUACGAUUUGCGGCACAAUUUUUGCGAUGCAUACCCACGUAAUGUCCCUCUCUUUUGCACCAACGGACGGGAGAAAGUUAGUCACGGUAGGCGCCGACUCCAUUGUGUGCGUAUGGCACGUCAACUGGGAACUGCCCACGUAUUUUUCUUAUGUAUUUCUUUGUUUACCUUGGUAUUGGUCGGAAGACGAAGACUUGCAGUUUGUUCGUUGUUGGGUCUACUUACAACUCGCACGUGUACUUCAUGAAGGAAUGGGUGUGGAUCGUUGUACUUGUCCCUUUCUAGAGUUACUCGUACUUACUCAGCCAUGCACCUCUGGAUUUUUCGGGACAAUUUUUUUUAUAAAUUCGCCCACCACUAGAGAGAAACUUAGAAACUUGCUUUCUCAGGUGCGACCUCCGCGCGCGGCUCGAGGGGCACCUCGGGUGCAUCAAUAGUGUAGCGAUCUCGCCGAAUUCGGAUACGUUUCUGGUGACCGUGGGCGAGGACUGCAUGGCGCGGCUGUGGAACCUCAAGGACUUGACAAAGGACACGGCCCGGGAGAGUAUCGAAAAACCGCGCGGGUUAUCCUUUGCAAAUGAUAUCGAUCUGGGAAGAACAAGUUGUUGGCCUGCCACGUCGGGAACAAUUAUUAGAGUAGUCAUGCAUGUAGACGAGCAUGACAGAUUUUCAGACCCAGAUCGACAUUGUUUGCAAGGGAUAGAAGUACAAUCUGGAGCACCACCAGCUGACCGGGCACACGGAAGCGAUCUAUAAGGUAGAUCAUAAAAUUUUUGUCCCACGUUUUGGUUUUCCUUUUUCAACAGUUGUUCGUGUCACUUCAGUCUACAGGUUGCUAAAUAGAUGGCUUUUGCUAGAACAAGAAAAUCGGGAAGAAGACGAGACACACGAUAAUCUAAAUUCAAAUGCAUCUUGUUCAUCAAAAUCACAGGUUGCCUUCAGCCAGUGUGGGCGAAUACUUGCCACAGUCGGGCGGGACAGCACCGUGCGAAUAUGGAACAUCCAACCCAGCAAAGCCGCCUUCAAGGCGUCCCUGCAGACGAGCUUCAAAGCGCACGAGUCGUGGGUACUUACUGAAGUAGGCAAGAAAAAAAAAAGUGUGUUCGAGGAAGUUUGUGAUGUUGCGCAAUAUGUUGCAAGAUGGCUACGUUUGUCAUACUGGAUAUGCAUGGUAGUUUGUUGUAUGAAUCAAUAUCAUCACAUUUAUUUCAGGUCCGCGACUGUGUCUUUUCCCGGGACAACAUGAUUCUCUUCACCUAUGCGAGGAAAGUUUUGAGUCAAAAGUCGAAGCUAGGUUCUGCUUUGUUUGCAUGAGUUAAUUAUGUUAGCAGCGUGGUCAAGCUCAAGGCAUGAAAAUGAUACUUACAAGGACGACAUCUAUCGCCAGCGCCUUGCUUCUACGUCUACUUCUACUGCCGUCAAAUAAGCAAGUUAUCUGGGAGGUGUGACGAGCACACAGGACUGCAGCCUGUUGCUGUAUCACGGAGGUAAAAAAGGUACUAGUCGAUUAUAAUGAAUAGGUGAAAUAUUAGUUGUGCAAGCUGCUGACCACUACGUACUUGAUUCAAUUGGUUCCUUCCCAUACUCUGUGCAGCACGGACGGAUUGGUGUCCAUGUGGAAAGUGCCGAAGAAGUACCACAUCAGGCUGGAAGAGGCGGAGUGAGGAUACAUGAAUGCUCAUCUUCAAAACCUCCGCGCCGUGGAGCUGCUGAAGGAAGCACAGGAAGGUGAUGAAGCAAAAGUCUUGUUAUUUGCAGAACACAACACAACACUGUCUGUUGCAGACAAUCAUCGAAGAAUAACAAGCAAAGCCGCUCCUCUUUUACUGUGGUCGGCGCAUAUUAUAAUAGUUUCAGCAGGACGGAAUGAUACGCGAGAUGAUCGCAUCAUCUUGGAGACGCAA